AUGCCUUCUUUCACCCAAAAACAUCUUUACAACAUUCGAUCUAAUACCUUACCAGUUCGAUCACACCCCACAACACAAAAAGUUGAACAAGAGUUAAACAAAAUCAACCUUAUUAUCAACAAAGAGAUCUCAUCUUCAACAACAACAACAACAUCAUCAUCAUCACUAUGUAACUCACUCUCUUCUCUCAAAGACUUGUACGGACAACUAGAAGAUUUGCUAAGCUUACCAUUGACUCGGCAAGCUUUGGCUCAGCACCAACAACACAAAUGGGUUAAUGAGUUAGUGGAUGACUCGCUUAGCUACUUAGACAUUUGUCACAACACAAACGAUGUCGUUUCAAUGCUUAAACAGAAUGUCAAAGAUCUUCAAUCAGCCAUAAGAAGAGCCAAGGUGUUGGAAUCUGAUUAUGAUGAUCAUUCUUCAAUAGAAACUAGUGUGAGUGCUUACUUUGCCUUGAGAAAAAAAAUGAAGAAAAGUUCCAAUAUUUUUGGGCAAUUGGUUACUAAAAAUUGUAACUUUCCUCUUAAUUUAGAUACCCAUUUGAGUGCUGUGGUUAGAGUUUUGAGAGAAACUAGUUUGGUUACAAGUUCAAUUUUGGGGUCACUUUCUCUGUUUUUGUCAACACCUUUGUGGAAGCCUAAGACAAGUAGAUGGUCUUUGGUUUCUAUUAUGGUUCACAAAGGGUAUUAUGGUAAUAAUCACCAUCAUCAUCAUCAUGUGAUGAAUGAGUUUGAAGGUUUGGACAUGGCAAUGAAUGGUUUGUUGAGUUGUGAUGAAAAUGGUAAUGAUGAGAAGAUUGAAGAUGUAUUGAAAAAGUUGGAAGCUUUAGAAGUUGCCAUGGAAGGACUUGAAAAUGGAUUAGAAGGGUUGUUUAGGCUUUUUCUUCAUAAUAGAGUUUGCCUUCUAAAUGUGAUUUCUAAUCAAUAG